AUGUCCAUUGUUAUACCACAUUGGUUAAGAGCAGCACUGAUUGGUGCUGCACCAAUGCUCGGCAUUGUAUUUUUAAUAUUAUUUGUAUUUACAAUUUUGGGUCUUGUACAACGUCUUAAAACAAUUAUAACAAGAACGUGUAUAAAUUUUAAAAAGCAGAGAUCACAUUCACUAGCUUCAAAUGGAAAUAAGGGUGUUACUAUUCGAAUAACAGACGAUAAAACAAAUAACAUUCAAACAGUUAUAAAUAAAGAUGAUGAUGAUAGUAAUCAUGAAGAAUAUCAACAACAAUUAUUACUUAAUGAACAAUCAAAUCCAAUUAAUUAUGAUCAUUUAAAUUCUAUACCAAUGAUAGAUAUAGAUAGAUCAUUACAGAAAUUACAAGAAAUAAACACAAAUGAAGAUGAUAAAUCAUCAGUUAUUCAAUUAAAAAUUCGUUCAUCAAAAAGUGAUGGAAAAUUAAACGAAAAUAGAAGUUCAAAACCACACCAUCAUAGUGUAGGAAGUGUUACUGAUCAACAUAAUGGUGAUGAUGAUGAAGAUGAUGAUGAAAGUAAUUUAUGCGGUGUAACUAGUGAUUCAUUAAAUGAUUCAAUCUAUGAUAAUUAUGAACAAUCAUCAAGUAUUUUUGACGAUAAUAAUUAUGAUCAAACAAAAACGGCUCUUAUAAAAAAUAAUAGUAAAAAUAAAAAACAACGCAAGCAACAAGCUCGAAAUCAUGAUUCAAUUGUUCGAUUAUGA